ACAUAUCUGCUUCAGGACAAAUUAUUAAAAUAUGAAUUCAGCAAUAAAUUAAGGCAUAAUACUUCUACUCUCAUAUUUGGCUUUAGUUGAUGAGUAGAGUACGUACUUCAAUUUUGAAAAUGCACAUUUAGAAGUUCAACUUAGUUUCAUCGGGUGAAAGGGUACUAAGAAAGAUUUGAACUUUUGGAGAGUGGAUAAAAGUGUGAAAAAUUUGCAAUUUUGCUGCUUUUUUUUUUUGGGAGAAAGAGAAGAUGUUGUGUGCUUGUUCAGGUGAGCAAUUCAAAUUUGAUGAGGCAGCACCAGAAUCUCCUGAGUCAUUAGCUACUAGGGAUUUUUCAGCCAGUGGCAUUUCUUCAAGAACUGGAACAAUAGAUUGGGAUUCAAAACUUGAUGAUGCUCAAGUUGAUGAAGUUGAAUCAACUUUAAAAGAGGCACUUUCUUUGAACUAUGAGGAAGCAAGAGCUUUGUUGGGGAGGCUAGAAUAUCAAAGAGGGAAUUUUGAUGCUGCACUUCAAGUGUUUCAGGGAAUAGAUAUUAGAACCCUGUCCUCGAGAAUGUCUAAAGCCAUUGCUGAGAGAACGAGGCCAUUAAAACUGCGCUCCAAAGCUGAUGUCGUGCCUGCUGGCGUGAUGUCAUUGCAUUCGGUGAGUCUACUUCUCGAAGCAAUUUUGCUUAAAGCAAAAUCCUUAGAGGAGCUCAGCCGAAUCAAAGAUGCUGCUAAGGAGUGCAAGAUGAUACUGGAUGUUGUCGAUUCAGCAUUACCAAAUGGAAUACCAGAUGGAAUUUCUGAAGACUGCAAGUUGCUGGAGAUGUUUCAUAAAGCGCUCGAGUUACUUCCUAAGUUAUGGAUACAAGCAGGGUAUUUGGAUGAAGCUGUCCUGGCAUAUCGAAGGGCUCUAAUCAAGCCAUGGAAUUUGGAUCCUCAAAGAUUGGCCUAUAUACAAAAAGACUUAGCUGCCACUUUACUUUUUGUAGGGGUUGAAGUUGAGGUUCCUGCUCAAUUUCAAGUGUGGGGUUCAACAGCCCCUAAAAAUAACUUGGAGGAAGCAAUUCUUUUGUUGUUUGUACUCAUGAGCAAAAUGCUAAAUGGUCAAAUAGACUGGGAUUCGGAAGUUAUGAGCCAUUUGACAUUCGCGCUGACAAUUUCUGGCAACUUCGAGUCUCUUGCAGAUCAUAUUGAGCAGGUUAUUCCCGGAAUUUAUACCCGAGCGGAAAGGUGGUAUCUACUUGCUCUUUGUUACAGUGCUGCAGGUCAGAAUGAUACAGCAUUGAACCUUGUUAAGAAAAUUUCAGGAUGUUCGGAAGCCAACCAGGAACCUCAUGUUCCGUCUCUCUUGUUGGGAGCAAAGCUGUGUUCUCAGGAUCUGCGUCAAGCUCAUGAGGGGAUAAAUUUUGCUCGUGCAGUAAUUAACUUGGCCAAAAAUCAAAACGAACAUUUCCUAGUUCAGGCUCAUAAACUUCUAGGCGUCUGUUAUGGAAACGCUGCAAGAGUUUCCCAUUCAGAUUUUGAAAGAAAUUUCUGCCAAAGAGAAGCAUUGGCUGCCUUAAACUCCGCUUCUGCAGUUAGCAAGGAGGAUCCAGAAAUUCUGUUUAGUCUUGGAUUGGAAAAUGCCAUUCAAAGAAACUUGACUCCAGCUUUUAAUAAUGUAAUGCGCUAUUCAGAAAUGUCGGCUGGAAGUACAGCGAAAGCUUGGAAGUUGUUGGCUUUAGUUGUUUCUGCAGAACAGCGAUUCGAAGAUGCUGAAGCCAUUGUUGAUCUUGCUCUCGAUGAAACUGGACAAGUUGACCAAAUGGAACAUCUACGAUUAAAAGCUGUCCUUCAAAUAUCUCAACAACAGCCCAAGCAUGCCAUAGAGACAUACCGGAUUCUGUUGGCUUUGAUUCAAGCGCAAAAGGAGUCCACAACAGAGGAUAAGGUAAAAUCUCAGAGAAGAUUAGAAGUUGAAGCCUGGCUUGAUUUAGCAGGAUUGUACACAGAUCUUGAGUCGUGGCGUGAUGCUGAAAUAUGUAUAAACAGAGCCAAAGCGAUUCAAUUCUUCUGCCCGCGGAAUUGGCAUGCAACAGGUGCAUUAUUUCAAGCUAAAGCAAGACAUAAGGAAGCACUUGUUGCUUUCUCAGUUUCUCUAUCAAUAGAACCAGAUUAUAUCCCCAGUAUCGUUUCUACAGCGAAAGUUCUGAUGAAGAUGGGUAACGGUGCAGUCCCUAUUGCUAGAAGCUUUUUAAUGAAUGCUCUACGAUUAGAACCCACGAACCAUGAAGCGUGGUUUAACCUUGGCAUGCUUGCAAAGAUGGAAGGAUCAGUCCAGCAAGCAGCAGAUUUUUUCCAAGCUGCACAUGAGUUGAAGCUUUCUGCCCCAGUGCAAACUUUUGUCUGACAGAGCCUACUAAUUCAAGGUAGAUCAAAAUGAAAACUCAACUUCAGCCAUCCGUUCAGUAUCAGUGAAGCAAUCGAAGAAGCCUAGCAAUUUGUUAAUAGCAUAGACAUGCGUAACUGAUUUAUGAAGGCAAUGAUAUUUUUCAUCUUCGAUCAAGAGGUCUAUCUGGUUCUAUAGAGUUCUCAACACGAACAGGAUAGUACUAUUUAUCGAUGUUGAACAUCUCCUCGGAUAGGCUAACAUGCCAUGGAGUAGUAUCACUCAUGGUAUUAAUGUGUUAAUGUAUAUAACAAUUAGUACAUCUUUUUGCUGGCUUUUGGAGUAACAUUUAUACAAAUGAAUUCACAUGAUCACAUGAUA